UAGCGAUCAAAUCUAUUAUUAUCUGCGACAAACCGAAUGCAUUGUGCCUAUACCCUUGUUAGAUAACACAGCACUGAUCGAAGCUAGAGGUAUACUAAGACAACUUAUUAGCCGGCGGCAAGACAGAAAACUUUUCUUCUCGAAUCGAUAGUUUUUUUGUGAAAAAUUAACGAGGUCGGGAGUACAGCAUUGGUCGAUAGUUUGGCACAAAGAAAGGGGUGGCUUUUUAGGGGGGCUACAUGCGGGGCCCCAUCUUUGUCCUGUACAGAGAAGCUGGUUGGAGUUGUAGAGACGGGAUCCUUCUCCCAGAGAAAUAAAUCUGGCUUUCUGUCUCACAGCGAAGAUUUUGUUUUCUUUUGGAUGGAACUUAUUUCCAGUUGAAAAGUGGAAUUCAGCUUACUAAGAUGAGCAAGAACAUAAUGACAGCAGGCAUUUCGUCUGGGUAUCAGAACGAUGCCUUCGUUGUGAUGCCUUCCGAGUCGAUUCCACUACCAAACUACCAUCAGAACAAGGCCCCGGUUGAGAGCAAACCCGCUGAUGAGCCCGAGAAGGAUCAAACUCCGAAGACGUUCGGCGGGCUGGUGUCUGAAUUCGCGGACAACACCACAGCACACGGCGUGUCCCGUAUCGCCAAUGCUUCAUCCUGCAUUGCAAGCUUCAUAUGGCUCGUCAUCCUCUGUGCCGCCUUUUCUGGGUUCUUCUACCAAGGAACCAACCUGGUGCUGGAUUUCUUCAGUUGGCCCUACGGCACAACCAUCGAUAUCAUCACCAAUACCUCCGUGGAUUUCCCAGCCGUGACCGUCUGCAACAUGAACCGGUUGAGGCGCUCCGAGCUGAAGGGGACCCGGUUCGAGGGAGUCAUCGCCGUGGACGGCGGUGUCACCGGUGGAGAUAACGACUAUUCUUGGUUUUUCGAUUGGUCUUCCCAAGGGGAUUUUUAUACGCAGUUCCUUUCCAGUGCCGGUGGUGGAGGAGGGGGUGGUGGAAAUAGUUCUGUCGGCGGUGGAGGUGGUUCUGUCGGAGGUGGAGGUGGUUCUGUCGGCGGUGGCGGUGGUUCUGUCGGCGGUGGAGGUGGUUCUGUCGGGGGUGGAGGUGGUUCUGUCGGAGGUGGAGGUGGUUCUGUCGGCGGUGGAGGUGGUUCUGUCGGCGGUGGAGGUGGUUCUGUCGGAGGUGGAGGCGGUUCUGUCGGAGGUGGGGGUGGUUCUGUCGGCGGUGGAGGUGGUUCUGUCGGAGGUGGAGGUGGUUCUGUCGGCGGUGGAGGUGGUUCUGUCGGAGGUGGAGGUGGUUCUCUCGGCGGUGGAGGUGGUUCUUUAGGAGGUGGUUCUUUAGGAGGUGGUUCUUUAGGAGGUGGUUCUUUAGGAGGUGGUUCUCUCUGGUUCAGUGAUUUGGGCAACGACUUCAACUUCCAGUACGACAAUUACUACGACUUUGGUACCGUGACCGGUGAGAGCGACUGGGACGGGUUCCUGGCUAAUUCCAAGUCGGAGGACUUCAGUGACAUCAUCAAUGUGGCCAAUCCUACCAGAGACGAGCUGGAUGUCCUGGGACAUCAGGCCGAAGACUUCAUCCUCCAGUGUACCUUCGACAGACGUAAAUGCAACUACACUGACUUCCACAAAUUUCAGAACUCACAAUACGGCAACUGCUACACGUUCAACCAUGGACGCGAUGAGGCGGUACGAACCACUAGCAAGUCAGGCUCCCAGUAUGGUCUUCACCUGACAUUGUUCAUCGAGCAGCCCGAGUACGUUGGCUUGUUCACUCCCGAGUCUGGUGUCCGCAUUGGCAUCGAUCACUGGGAGACAACACCACAUCCGGAGGAUAGUGGCAUCACUGCGUCUACAGGACAGGCCACGUCUAUUGCUAUGAGAAAGAGUUUUAUCAAACGCCUUGGUGGACGGUACAGCGAAUGCACCACCGGAGAAGACACCGAGUUCGAAUCAGACUUCUUUCAGUACUCCCCCUUGACCUGCAAGAAGCAGUGUGUACAGAACAACAUGAAAGACCGCUGUGACUGCGUCUCCGACAUUCUCCUGGACGGAGUUCAGUGCAGUUACCUCAACAGCACUCAGCAGCGGUGCAGACAGCUUGUAGAGGCUCUCUAUGAAGACGACAAGCUGGACUGUUACUGCCCGGUGGCAUGCGAGGAAAAUGGCUUUCAGACAAGUACAUCCGUAUCCACCUGGCCCUCUGAGAGAUAUGAGGAACAUCUUUAUUCACGCGUGGCUCCGAAGAAUGCUGUUGCUGCCAGGAUGCUACAAGAUGUAGAAACAACGAGGAAAAAUCUGGCACGUCUGCGUAUCUACUUUGAGGAGCUGAAUUUUCAGAGAGUGGAGCAAUCUCCUAACUGGUCGAUUGAUAGUAUUCUUGGUGCCGUGGGAGGUCUGAUGGGUUUGUACGUUGGUAUCUCCUCCAUCACCUUGGCGGAGAUCAUUGUUUUCAUUUUGUCCCUCUUCAAGCAAUGCUGUCGAACAAUGCUGUGCAUAAAUAAAGUGCAGCCUUCACGCUAAGGCCAUAAGAAGACAGAGAUGAAUAUAGAGCACCGAAGUGUGCCACAUUUCUGGUUCACGCGCAUAUAGUGUGCGAAGACAUAAGAUCGCGUACCAGCGUGUGAACCGUCAACUGAUGGCAGACUUGGUACUCUAUACAUACAUUGUACUAGGUUUUGGAACAGUAUACUUGUCGACUUCUGUAUACAUUUUGAGAAAUCCAUCACACAGAGUAUAGUCGAGUCAAUCACAAGUCAAUCACACGUCAGUCACACAUCCAUCACACAUCCAUCACAAGCCGAUCACAAGUCAAUCACAAGUCGAUCACAAGUCGAUCACAAGUCGAUCACAAGUCAAUCACAA